CAUCGUAACGCUGUAAGGCAGACAUGGUGCAGGGUGCUUGGAAUCAUUCAGAUUGUGCACUCGCCCGGCCCUUCCCUCGCCCGAGCCGCGCCGCCAAGCCUUCUGCUUAGUUAGGACGUGACCCAAGGGCCGCGACGCCAUCACCCACUCGGCCAGACGUCUGCUUCCAAUCCCUUGAAUCAUUUUUUCACCACUCUCCCCGACCGCGAGGACAGUGGAUGCCUGUCCCAAGGUCAAGAUGAUGAUGGUCACCACCGUCGUGCAAGGUCAGAGCGCGACGGUGCAGAAUGGCAAGGCCGUUAAUGGCACGCCUACCUCCCCUCUCCUGAAGCCUCCGACCCCCGCGAAUGGGCCCUCCCACUAUCCCGUCACUCCGCUGCCUUCGUUGCAGACCAAUGGCCCCUCCCUCUACCCCGCCCCGACGAUGCCGGCGACUCCCACGCGACGGCGGACAUCCCUUCAAGCCGCGCGACGUACCGUUUCCCUCGAUUACGUGCCCGAAGAUGAGGAUGCCCAGCGGUGGAGCGAGCAUAUCAAGGCCAAGCGCUCCUCGCGAAGACGAGCGGAUACGGAAGAGGAGGACCGCGUGCUCGUCGGCACCAAGGUGGACGAGGGGCACGAGAACUAUGUCACGGCGUAUAACAUGCUCACCGGCAUCCGCUUCACCGUCUCCCGCACCAAUGCCAAACCCGACCGCAACCUCACCGACGACGACUUCACCCAGAAGCACAAGUUCUCCUUCGAUAUCACCGGGAAUGAACUGACGCCGUCGGCGCGGUACGACUUUAAAUUCAAGGAUUAUGCCCCUUGGGUUUUCCGACGCUUGCGAGCGAGCUUUGGCAUCGAUCCGGCGGAGUACCUCAUGUCCCUCACCUCCAAAUACAUCCUUUCCGAGUUGGGCUCGCCGGGUAAGAGCGGCAGCUUCUUCUACUUCUCACGCGACUACAAGUACAUCAUCAAGACCAUCCACCGCGGCGAGCACAAAUUCCUCCGGCGCAUCCUCAAGCAGUACUACGAACACGUCCGCAGCAACCCCAACACCCUCCUCUCCCAAUUCUACGGGUUGCAUAGAGUGAAACUCCCCUACGGCAAGAAGAUCCACUUUGUCGUUAUGAACAACCUCUUCCCUCCCCAUCGCGAUAUCCACGGCACCUACGACCUCAAAGGCAGCACCAUUGGCCGGUUAUACGACGAAAGUGAAUUAAAGAGCAAUCCCCGUGCCACCCUCAAGGACCUUAAUUGGCUCAAUCGCGGACUGAAGCUGGAAUUCGGGCGGCAAAAACAAGAAAUCUUCAUCACGCAGCUGAAGAAGGACGUGGCAUUGCUCCAGCAGCUCAAAAUCAUGGACUACUCCCUCCUCGUGGGCAUUCACGAUGUGCAACGGGGCAACGAGGACAAUCUCCGCGACAAAACACUCCAAGUCUUCCAACCGGGUGGCGACAAACACGACGAGCAACAACAGACACCGACAACACCCGGCGUCCUCACCCGCACCCCGAGCAAAAUCGAGCACGCAAGAAGAGUACGCGAGCUGCGCGAAAGCGUGAAGAAAGAACGGCCCACGCCCCUCGACGCAGCAACGGCGCUGAUGCCAGAAGACGACGCGAUGCGGCGAAAAGGCUACUUCUACCGCGAAGACGGCGGCUUCCGCGCCACCAACGCCGACAACCACCCCGGCGCCACCAUCUACUACCUCGGAAUCAUCGACUGCUUGACGCGGUAUAGCACGCUGAAGAAAGCAGAGCACUUCUGGAAGGGCAUGGGUGGGCACGAGGGGCAGAUCUCCGCCAUCCCGCCCGUGCGCUACGGCGAGCGCUUCGUCAAGUUCAUCUCGGGCUUGAUGAAGACGCCUGCUGAAAUGCCGGAGAGUGAGAAGCGGGAGGAGGUCGGGGCCGAUGCGGCGGGCAAUGCGCUGAGCCCGAGGGUGCUGACUACGGCGGACUCCACUGGCCCGCCGGAGCAGGUUCUGCCUGCUAUCACGGAGACGGAGAGCUCGCCUGGACUGGACUCGGCGCGAUAGCAGCGGCGGCACGGGUCGAUUUUCAGUGUUCGAUGGUGGUUUUGAAACGAUCUAGCGCUUUUAGCGGGGGAGGGGACUCCUGUCUCUCUCCUCAUUUCACUGUGUUUUAUCGGAGUAUGGCGAUGUGGAGAUGGGGUCUUGAUCCCCGGCUUUUCUUCUCUUGGCUGUCAUUGAUAGAGGGAACGAGAUGGUCGAUGGGAGACGGUCGAGGGCGAGCGGAAGUGGCUAGCAUGAUACCUCAUCCCCAUUGAAGGGGACCUUUUUUCUUAUGUUGGAACAAGCGCUAGGAUGGUCAUGGCGGUCGACAUUCGAUCUUGACUGCUCCACGAAGAUAGAAGCGACAAUUGUCUAUGUGUAACUUGAAGUGCGUCUGACGCAUUCGAUAAAAUGCAGUGUAUCUUCCGCAGCCUCAUGAACAGUUCAAGAGCCUCUCAUGAGGUAUAACUUCAGUUCGCUCU